AUGGAAAAGUCUGACAAUCCUUCUCCAGAAACCCAAUCUGCUUCUGAACCUCAAACUUCAGUCUCUCUGAAAUUCACCAACAAAUCUCUUCCGAACCCCACCGACUGGGAACAUAUCAUACUGUCCUUCAGACCGAUCAAGCUGGAGAAGAUCAUGAAGAGUGUGGGAAAAUCGCACUCCGAGGAGACUCGUUCCCAGACUUGGUCCGUCGUGGGCGAAGCGCUCUCCAACUCUCUGCUUUACGCCCUAGCUGGCGUGUACAUGCAAAUGACUACCGUGCUAUUUGGAAAGCAGUAUUUUCUCUUCAUCCGCAGAGGGAUCAAGCGGGCUGAUGGGACAGGAGGGAUCCUCGAGGUCAAGAUCAAGCAGCAACAUGAGGGCAGCGAGUGGGAGGCUCGCUGGCGGGUGGCGCGCCCUCACGUAACUAAUUACGUGAGGAACUUAUUGGCUCGUAUUUCCCGGUUGUGCGAAGAGAAGAAGAGGCGGCUGGAACUGAUGCGCAAGGAGGAGAAACCAGAGGACGAGGAGGAGAAGCCGGACGGGCUGUGCGGCUCUUGA